UAGUACAAAGUUGAGUCACUUAUUUUUGGACGGAGGGAGUACUAUUUUGAUUCUGAUAAGGUCCAGUACUAGUAAACUAUAGUUCGGUCCAAACUAGUUUGUCUACUUGUCAUAUAUAUGAAAUUUGGGUGUAUUUCUGUGAUUUGUGUGAUUGAUAGGAUAUCCUGAGAACUGUCAGUCUGUCACCACUCACCCUAGAUGAACCAUGUUUAAUGAGGCUUGUCUGGUUUGUCAGUACUUGUCUGAUACUCCCUCUGUAAACUAAUAUAAGAGUGUUUAGAUUACUAAAGUAGUGAUCUAAACGCUCUUAUAUUAGUUUACGGAGGGAGUACAAUGCACUCUGAUUGAUUAACUCUCAGUUGUGCAUCAUUGCGUUCAUGCCACCAGCUGUCAAUGAACUGUUACAAUCUCGUGGUUUUCGGUCGGCGGAUCAUGGUAGAUGCUUCAGAUCACAGUGACAUGGUUGACUUGCAUAGAGUAUCGAUCCCAAACUUUAAUUUUUUUUGUCAAUCUUACGUAGUGCUGUGGUUAACUGUAUGUCAACCCAUUAAAUCUUUUGGAUGAUAAUGCUUGAUGUGAACAGCCUGAAAUCAGGGACCUCAUGUGCUCCAUGAUGCCAUCUGUCUGAUGAAAGAUGUGCCUUGUCAUGCAGGCAGUGUAGUCUGAGUUCGUAUAUUUUUCGAAAGCAAACCCACAAUAGGUGCCCUCGGAGUUGAAGGACUCUGAUAGUAAGCAAUGUGCCACGAACUCGGUAUAUUGCAUCAGUUUUCCUGUAGAUUAUAUUUUUCAGGUCCUAAAUUUGUACCAUCUUCAUUUGAGUGCAUGUACCACAUCACAUGGUUGACAUUUAGCCUUGUAGUUCUUAUGUUUACCAGAAGCAACAGCUGAAUUGCGUUUCUCUUGAGUUUACCUUAUUGCUUCUGUUCUUUUGAUGUUUACGCAGGAGCAGCGGCUCGUGCAUGGACAGCUAACACCUGUACGCUUCUGAAUAUGAGCCAGUAAAAUACCCCGGAAAGAAAUAAAAGUUGUGCAGCUCCCAAGAUCAAUGAGCAGUACCAAUCCCCCUUCCGCGACCAGCCAUGUUGCCCUCACACGCCAUCCGCUGGAGCAUGGAUGCGGGCUCUCUGAAUGGCGGUCCAGAUGCAGAGGAACUGACUCCACGAGUUUAAAAAACGGGCUUCUUCAGGCAUCAGCUCCAUCCAUCCCCUUGUGCUGCCUCUGCCCGAUGUCGACGACGGUGCAGGAGCCGCCGCACGUCCUGGCCGUGGACGACAGCCUCGUCGACCGCGUCGUCAUCUCCAGGCUCCUCCGCAGCUCCAAGUACAGAGUGACGACGGUGGACAGCGGGAAGAAGGCGCUGGAGGUGCUGAGCCUGGGCCACGAGAGCGUGCAGCUGAUCAUCACGGACUACUGCAUGCCGGAGAUGACCGGCUACGACCUGCUGAAGCGGGUCAAGGAGUCGGCAGAGCUGCGCGGCAUCCCGGUGGUGAUCAUGUCGUCGGAGAACUCGCCGUCCAGGAUCCGCCGGUGCCUCGACGAGGGCGCGGAGGAGUUCCUCAUCAAGCCGGUGCGCCCCUCCGACGUCUCCCGCCUCUGCAACCGGGCCAUCGCCGCCAUGCCCAUGCGGUAGCAACGGCCGGUCGGUGCCGUGCUGCUGAUCGGUGCUAGCCUGCUAGCUUGCUAAUCCAAUCCUCCCUCCCUCCUCUGCUGAGUUCUCACUGACGAGAUAUCCCCAUGUACAUGCGUCUGCUGCAGGGUUGCAUCCCAUGGUGAAAUCAAAACUGAAUGAAUUCCAUGACAACCCACGGAAUGUAUGUAUUCCUUACUUGCCAAUGUAUGAAAUCCACCACUAACUGUGAAACAGUAAAGCGGCAGGCCACCAAUCAAUUCAAAGAAUCUGAUUGAGCAAU